GUCUUGUUCUGUGUGUAAACCUGAAAACACCUGCUCUUCCUUAAACCCCACCUCUAUAAACCUUGUAACUGACAAUUUCUUUUUUUUUCCUUAUCAAAAAAGGGUUGUUUUGUUUUGGGGUUGAGUUGCAGUAGGGUGAAAUGGGGAGGAUAUUUGUGGUGGAUCUUGAAGGAAGAAGUUACAAUUGCAAAUUCUGCAAAACCCAAUUUGCCCUUGCUGAUGACCUUGUUUCCAAGGCUUUUCAUUGCCCCAGGGGAAAAGCGUACCUGUUCAGUCAUGCGGUAAAUAUAACUUUUGGACCUCGUGAGGAGAGGAUGAUGCUUUCUGGAAUGCACACUGUAGCAGAUAUAUUUUGUUGUUGUUGUGGGCAGAUUGUUGGCUGGAAAUAUGAGGCAGCCCAUGAGAAAAGCCAGAAGUAUAAAGAAGGGAAAUUUGUCCUUGAAAGAGGCAGGAUCAUUGAUGGAGUUGACUCUGAAUUCUAUAUUGAUACUCAUCCAAACCUGAGUGAUGGUGAAGAUGCAUAGCCUUGGUUUCCAUUGUAUUUAAAUAUAAUGAUAAUUUUAUGGUUUUGUAUCUUGUAGGGCUUAUCAAAAGAAUAAUUGUAUCUUGUCGAAGAUCUCCUCAAGUUUGUUGAUAUAGGAAAAAAUAAGUUGCCGUAAAGUGUUUUUUAAUAUAAUUUGAUUCACUAAA